AUGAGCUUCCUCUCCGCCAAGGUGGCGCCGCAGACGGCGCCCGAGCCGCACCCCGAGGCCGGGCCCGCGGCCGAGGCCGGGCAGCCCGAGGCCGAGCAGCGGCGCGAGCCGGGCCCCGAGGGGGCGCCCGCCGCUCCGCCGGCCCCCGCGAGCCCCACGGCGGCGGAGGAGGCCGAGGCGCGCCGGGGCGCCGAGCCGCGGCCGGCGGAGCGGCGGGCGUGGGCGGCGGCGGCGCAGCCCCCGGAGCGGCCGGCUGCGUGCCCUCCCGCGGGCGGCCCCCGGCGCCACUGCGACACGAGCUGCCUGGAGGCGCCGCUGUCGCGCGCCUUCGGCAGCCUGGGCUGGGCCGUGGGCUCGCACCCCUGGCUCUUCCUGCUGCUGCCCAUGGUGCUGACGGCGCUGCUGGGCAUCGGGCUGGUGCACCUGCCCAAGGACGAGCUGGAGGACCUGGAGGAGCAGUACACUCCGAUCAGGAGCCCGGCCAAGGCGGAGCGGCGCUUCGUGCAGGGCCACUUCGCCACCAACGACUCGCACCGCUUCUCGGACGCGCGGAGGAGCACCGAGGCCAACUACCUGUCCAUCCUCGUGGUGUCCAACGACGACUCGGUGCUGGACGGUGACGUGUUCGCCGAGGUCGACCGCCUGGACCGCACGGUGCAGGCCCUGCGCGCGGCGCAGGAGAACCGGACGGAGAUCCGGUUCGAGCAGGUGUGCGCCAAGUACAAGGCCGUGUGCGUGCCCUGCAACCCGCUGCUGUACGCGUGGCAGCAGAACCGGCGGCUGGACCUGAGCCGGGUGUCCUUCCCCAUCUACAGCCACGACAGCCACCCCGUCUACCUGGCUGGCUUCUUCGGCAAGCUCGUGCUGGGCGAGAGCGUGGGCAUGAGCCAGCUGCUGCUGGAGGCCAAGGCCAUGCGGCUGCUCUACUACCUGAAGACGGAGGACGGCCGCGACAGCGAGCUGAGCAAGCGCUGGCUGACGCACUUCCUGGCCCGCUUCCCCAGCAUGCAGGCCGGGCUGGCCCUGCAGAGGGUCCACCUGGUGCACUUCACCUCCCUCUCCAGGCAGAUGGAGUUCGAGGCCACCUCGGAGACGGUGGUGCCGCUCUUCUACUGGGCCUACGCGCUGCUCAUCCUCUUCGCCGUGGUCUCGUGCUACCGGCUGGACUGCGUGCGCAACAAGAUGUGGGUGGCGGCCUUCGGCGUGGUCUGCGUGGUGCUGGCCGUGGUGAGCAGCUUCGGCCUGAUGCUGUUCAUCCGCGUGCCGUUCGUCAUCAUCGUGGCCAACUCGCCCUUCCUCAUCCUGGGCGUGGGCGUGGACGACAUGUUCCUCAUGGUCUCGGCCUGGCAGAAGACCCGGCUGCGGGACGGCGUGCGCGAGCGCAUGGCCCUGGUGUACUCCAAGGUGGCGGUGUCCAUCACCAUCACCACGCUCACCAACAUCCUGGCCUUCUACACGGGGGUCAUGAGCUCCUUCAGGUCCGUGCAAUACUUCUGCAUCUACACGGGGACCAGCCUGCUCUUCUGCUACCUGUACAACGUCACCUGCUUCGGCGCGGUCAUGGCGCUGGACGGGAAGAGGGAAGGGCUCUGCUUGAACUGGCUCAAGAAGCCGGACCCCCGCUACUCCUCGUUCAGGAAGUCCUGCUGCCUGCCGUGCGGCUCCGCCCCGGACGAGGAGGGCAUGGACGUCCACCCCAUGAACUUGUUCUUUCGGGACUACUUCGGCCCGUUCGUCACCAACCCCUGGUCCAAGCUCUUCGUGGUGCUGAUCUACAUCGCGUACCUCACCAGCAGUAUCUACGGCUGCUUCCAAGUGCAGGAGGGCCUGGACGCGCGCAAUCUGGCCAGCGACGAUUCCUACAUCAUCCCCUACUUCAACGUGGAGGAGGAUUACUUCUCCGACUACGGCCCCAGGGUGAUGGUCAUCGUUACCGAGCCCGUUGACUACUGGAGAGAAGAUGUCCGGCAGAAGCUGGGCCAGUGUAUGAUAGACUUGGAGAAAAACGACUAUGUCAAUAAGAACCUGUCCGAGUUCUGGCUGCCAACCUACGUGAGCCAUCUGAAGAACAGCAGCCUGGACCCCAACGAUAAGGAUACGUUCAUGGACAACGUGUCUGCGUUUCUAGGCAGCGUGCCGUUUUUUACCUACGACGUUAACAUUUCGUCUUCCAAGGAGAUCGUCUGUUCCCGGGGCUUUGUUCAGACUAUGGGCGUCUCCACCUCGACCAGCAAGAAGCUGAUGCUGCUGCAGUUACGGGAGAUCGCGGCCGCCUGCGCCGUGCCCCUCAUGGUGUACAACCACGCCUUCAUCUACUUCGACCAGUACGCGGCCAUCAUAGAGAACACGGUGCGCAACGUCAUGGUCGCGUCCUCGGUUAUGUUGCUGGUCUCCCUGCUGCUGAUCCCGCACCCCGUGUGCUCCCUGUGGGUCACGUUUGCGAUCACGUCGGUGAUUGUGGGCGUCGUGGGGUUCAUGGCCUUCUGGAGCGUGAACCUGGACUCCAUAUCCAUGAUCAACCUCGUCAUUUGCAUAGGGUUCUCUUUUGACUUCUCCGCACACAUAUCCUAUGCGUUUGUUUCCAGUUCUGAGACCUUAGUCGACAGGAAAUCCGUCGAGGCACUGUAUCUGCUGGGCUACCCGGUGCUGCAGAGCGCGAUUUCCACAAUCAUAGGGGUGUGUGUUUUAUUUGCAGCGAAAGCAUACAUUUUCAGGACUUUUGCUAAAAUUAUGUUCCUUGUUAUGUUCUUUGGGGCCGUUCAUGGCCUUAUUUUUAUUCCAGUGUUCUUAACAUUCUUUGGAAAAUGUUUGUGA